AUGCCUGCGUGGAUCAUAACUCCCAAGGAGGAGCAGGUUAUUUUCGAGAGAUGGAGAAAGAAGGCUUUUGCGAGGUGUGAUGACUUGAUCAGGGCAUACGUGGAGUGUUCAAACAGUUUUGAGAACCCCGUGGACGCCAUGAAAAACUGUGAGGCAGCCAAUAAACGCUCCAAUGUGCAAGUUAAUGAUCUACAAAAGAGUUACUUGGCCAGAAUUAAGGAGCAAGAGCUCAUCAAGAACUAUAUUGAUGUGCUUACCAACCAGAUCAAGCAGCUUCGAUUCGUGCAGAACGGUGUCAUUACCUUUGAUGUGCUCAACGAUACCAGCGACAGCAACGUGAGGGCUAAGAAAUCACUGAACACGCAUUCUUUCGAGCUGUUUGACCACAUAAAUAACAUUCAUGAUCUCGACAAAUACCUUGCCUACUUGACUACUCAACUGAACGUGAUACAUUCAGUAACCAAGAGAGUCAAUGGUGUGGGCGUUGGAAAACCAUCCAAUGAGCAGGCUGGUCCAGUUCUGCGGCAGGUCCGCAGCUAUCUUGAUCGCCGUGCUCAGAAUUCUGAAGGAACUAGUUCGAGUACUCCUGAGGUGUCUGAUGGCUUUACGCCUAGUCUCUUGAGACCAUUGCGGAUGAACACCCUUGAUUCUGAAGACAAUUUAGUGGUUGAUAUCGUGAGCAACAAUGAUGGAAUAGGGGGUGAGCGUAGCCGUGUCGAUGAUGCUGGGCCAGAUCUGACAGUCGAACUCAUGAACCUUCUACAUGAUGGUGACACAAAGUCAACACAGGGCAAAAAGUCUAAAAAGAUUGGGUGUGGGUUUUGCACGAAUGAAACACCAUGUGUUUGUUUCGAUGCGGACACUUUUUAA